AAUCAUUAAUUAGAAAUUACUGGACAGGUGAAAGCUGUGUGAUGAAGCCCUUGAGUUCACCUGUUCAACCCUGUUUUUUUAACAGUGAUUACAUCAUGGGAGGUAUGAAUGCACAGGGUCUUGUUCCUUCCCUUUCUUGGGAAAAAUGGUGCCAGCAAACAUCUAGCAGCAUCAUGGAUGAACUAGCUAAUUACUGAACCCUAAAUAAAUUGGAAGUAAAAAAUCAAAUCACAUUUUUUUGAUCACAUACACAUGUUUACCAGAUGUUAAUGUGAGUGUAGCGAAAUGUUUGUGCUUCUAGUUCCGACAAUGCAGUAAUAUCUAACAAAUUCACAACAAGUACCUUAUACACACAAAUGUAAAGGGAUGAGUAGAAUAUGUACAUAUAAAUAUAUGGAUGAGUGAUGGUGUGCAGCAUAAGCAAGAUGCUGUAGAUGGUAUAGAAUUCAGUAUAUACAUAUGAGAUUAGUAAUGUAGGAUAUGUGAACAUUAUUAAAGUGGUGUUAUUUAAAGUGACUAGUGAUACCUUUAUAAAGUCAAUUUAUUUAAGUGGCCAGAGAUUUGAUUCUGUAUGUUGGCAGCAGCCUCUCCGUGUUAGUGAUGGCUGUUUAACAGUCAGAUGACCUUGAGAUAGAAGCUGUUUUUCAGUCUCAUGGUCCCAGCUUUGAUGCACCUGUACUGGCCUCGCCUUCUGGAUGAUAGCUGGGUGAACAGGCAGUGGCUCGUUUGGUUGUUGUCCUUGAUGAUCUGUUUGGCCUUCCUGUGACAUCGGGUGGUGUAGGUGUUCUGGAGGGCAGGUAGUUUACCCCCGGUGAUGUGUUGUGCAGACUGCACUACCUUCUGGGGAGCCUUGCGGUUGAGGGCGGUUCAAUUGCCAUACCAGGCAGUGAUACAGGCCGACAGGAUGCUCUCGAUUGUGCAUCUGUAGAAGUUUGUGAGUGUUUUAGAUGACAAGCCAAAUUUCUUCAGCCUCCUGAGGUUGAAGAGGCACUGUUGCGCCUUCUUCACCACGCUGUCUGUGUGGGUGGACCAUUUCAGUUUGUCAGUGAUGUGUACGCAGAGGAACUUAUCUUUCCACCUUCCUUAACUACUGUCCCGUUGAUGUGGACAGGGGUGUGCUCCCUCUGCUGUUUCCUGUAGUCCACGAUCAUCUCCUUUGUUUUGUUGACAUUGAGUGAGAGGUUAUUUUCCUGACACCACACUCCGAGGACCCUCACCUCCUCGAUAUAGACCGUCUUGUUGUUAAUCAGGUAAUCAAGUAUCAUUUGUCUCAAUGCCAAUGUGUCUACAGGCUUCAGAGUCCAAACGAGAGCAGUUUCAAAGAUACCUGGAGAAGGCUGGUGUCCUUGACAGCCUCACCAGUGUGCUGUUGGCAUUGUAUGAAGAGACGGAGAAACCCAACAAUGCGCUUGAUUUCCUCAAGCAGCACUUGGGUGUGGCUGGCCAGGAGUUUGCAGACACUGAGGCACUCCAGCAGGACCUAAGAGACAUGAGGCAGAGGUGUGAGCUGCUGGCCGAGGAGAACAAAGACCUCAAGAACAGGCUUCAACGCUAUGAGCCUACACAAGAGGAUGGAGCUGCCGACUAGGAUGUGCCUCGGCUUUAUUGAAGUAAUUUUGUUAGAAACUCAGAUUUUUAUGGCAAGUCGAAACCAACAACUGGAGGCGAGGGAUUUUAUUCACCUCUGUUAUUUUUUUUUCUACUAAGUUUAAGUAUUUAACUUAAUUUGUAUAUUUGAUAUAUUGAAAUAUAAUAGCUUUUGUCCUUUGACUGUCUCCCCCUCAUAAAAGCAAACCCCCUUUUCUGCUUUCAGUGUACUUAUCCUACUGUACACCAAUGCUUUGUAUCUAGUAAACAAACAUUAACGUAA